AAAACUUGCUAAACUAGAAGCUCAGAAGUCAACUACAAAUAACUAUGUAUGAGCACCUAUGUAAAAUAUACAUAUAUGUACAUAUAGUUGUUUAUAUACUAAGCAGCUAAUAUUUUCUAGUCUCAUUUCACACGCGCUAGUGUGGCGCACAACGUUCUGUUAAAAAUAUCAUAGAAAUUUGCGAAAUACGUAAAGGAAUUAUUAUUUUUAAUUGAAGAAAAUUGCGACGAGCAUUGCAAUUGAAUUAAUUAAUACGAAAUAACUGUCUUAAAUUCAUGUGAACUUGUAAAUAGUUUUUUAGUGCAUUAUUUGCUUCGGUGUCAGUAUUUUAUUUUCGCUCUAUAACUGUGUAUUAUGCAUUUAACAACUGCGCUACUGUUGGCUGCAGCUAUUUUGCUGGGCUCUAAUGUGGAGGCCUAUCGCUUCUUAGGCGUUCUUCAUACCGCUGCCAGAUCACAUUUCAUAGUAGGCUCAAGCCUGUUGAAAGAAUUGGCGCGCAGAGGCCACGAUGUCACUGUCAUUUCACCAUUUCCUCUCAAAGAGCCACUAAAAAAUUAUCAUGAUAUUGAAAUACCGACCGCCAAGAAAGCUAUGGAUGGUGCCUUAUCUAAUCUUUUGAGCGCCAUAGAAAAAAGUGUCGUUGAGAAUGUGAAGGGUUUCCAUGAUAUGGGCAUAGAUAUAUCGCGCGCAUUUUUACAAGAGCCUGGCGUGCAGGAGCUUUUGGCGAGUAAUCAAACAUUCGAUGCCGUUAUUUGCGAAAUUUUUCUCUCUGAAUCACUCUUUGGUCUAAGCGAGCACUUCAAUGCACCGCUUAUAGGUUUGGGUACCUUUGGCGCGCAUCCCUGGAACACAGAUAUGGUUGGUUCUCCUUCUCCACCUUCGUAUGUACCGAGCGCAAUGCUGCCAUUCACCGAUCACAUGACCUUGCUGCAAAGAGUUGGAAAUUUGGCUUACAAUAUCUUCGAGCGUUUACUACUUGAUGUAUACUAUUUACCACAACAAGAAGCGUUAUACAAGAAAUUCUUUCCGAACAACAAACGUGAUAUGUACGAUGUGCGUCGUAAUGCCGCUUUGGUGCUGGUCAACCAGCACGUCUCGCUCAGCUACUCCCGGCCUUAUGUACAUAAUCAUAUCGAAGUUGGCGGCAUGCAUAUCAAUCGUAAACGCUCACCACUGCCAGCUGAUUUGGAACGUUUUAUCAAUGGUUCACAACAUGGUGUAAUCUAUUUCUCGAUGGGUUCCAAUUUACGCAGCAAAAAUUUACCGCUGGAGAAGCGCCAAGCAAUACUCGAAACAUUCCGUGGCCUAAAGCAGCGUGUGCUGUGGAAAUUUGAAGAUCCAAAUCUCGAGGGUAAACCUGAUAAUGUGUACAUAAGCGAAUGGUUUCCACAAGACGAUGUACUCGCUCAUCCCAAUGUGCGCAUCUUCAUCACACAUGGCGGCCUACUCAGCACCACUGAAUCGAUUUACCACGGCAAACCUUUUAUUGGCAUACCGAUCUUCGGUGAUCAAUUUUUGAAUAUGAAUCGCGCGCAAGCCGGUGGUUACGGCAUACGCGUGGAUUAUACCACACUGGCAAAGGACAACUUCAAGGCGGCCAUUGAGCGCAUGUUGGCCGAUGGCAGCUAUGCCAAGCGUGUGGCCGAUAUGUCAGCGCGUUAUCGUGAUCAGCCCAUAGAACCGCUGGAUUUGGCCGUCUACUGGGUGGAGUAUGUGGUGAGAAAUAAAGGCGCCAAGCAUUUGCAUUGUGCUGGACAGGAUUUGAAUUUCAUACAGUAUCAUAGCAUAGAUGUUUUGUCGAUCGUAGUUGGUGGGCUCUCCGCGUUGCUCUUGCUGAUCUUCGUGCUAAUACGAUUCGCAUGGCGUUGGCUGCAAUCUGCGCUUGCACGCAAGGAUGUCAAGCAGAAGAAGCAUUGAAGUGAAUGCCGGGCAUUAGUUUCGAAGUAACUAAGUCAUUUUAGCUAGCCGGCUAACUAGUCAUUAAAAAUGGUGCUUUUUUAAGUUUUCAGGCGUGUUUAAAGAAAAUAAAGAGAGUUAACAAAAUUGAACAAACUUUUGCGUAAAGGGAAAUACGUACAUACAUACUUGCGUGAGGAAAAAAAUAAGGUACAUUGAG